AUGCUUGAGCAAGAAUUCGAUAUCUGUGGAAAGGAGAAAUCUCCUCCUGCUUAUACACCUCAACAAGAUUGCAGCAAGAAUACGAGUUUAAUAUGCUCUCAAAUCCAACAUAAACCAAGUUAUGUGGCAUCACGGCUUCUUACCGAAGGGACAAUACCACCCGAUUCUACUCAUUCACGUAGAAAUAUCGACUGUGAUCAGCGACCAACUACCUCUGCCUUCAGCACUCGAAUUGGUCUCACUAAAGGAGUAACCGAGCCACAUCAAACUACUGAAAGCUUUUCAUUUGCUCGUAUGACCGGAGGGAAUUUUUCAAUGUGUACACCAUUAUCCACCAAGGCCCAGAAUCUCCAAAAUAUUGACACUACUUUAGCGUGGAGAAAUGAUUCAGCUGCUAGGCAAAAUUGUUUCUUUCAUCUACCCCCUGCACAAGCACAGCAAGAACUAGUUUCUUCGGAACAAAAUUCGUGUUUUAUGGACCAACCUGAGCUUUCCUCGCAUAUAACUUCUAAAGCUACUACUUCUAACAUCACAGACACUGCCAGAAUUAACGUUAAUAAUGACAAAAGCAAUAGCCUCUCAUCGCUGGGCAGACUGAGCAUUAACGCAAGAGAACGCCGUCGCAUGCAUGAUCUUAACGAUGCAUUAGAUGAAUUAAGACGGGCCAUUCCAUACACAGGUUCUCUUGCCGCAGGGACUGCCGAGAUGAGGUUACCUCUGCCGGACGACAACAGUGAUGGCGGUUUCGACGAUAUCAAUUGCCACAAUAAUGGUUUUGACACAGAAGGAGUCUUGGCAAGAUCAUCAAGUCCCUUGGCAGGCUUACGAAGGCGUUUCGCAACCUCUGAGAUUGAUAGCGUUGUUGGACCUCGGCGACUCUCAAAGAUUGCCACACUACUGCUUGCUCGCAACUAUAUUCAAAUGCAGGCAGAUGCAAUUGAUGAGCUCCAAGGAAUUCUCACUGGAUUGAUGGUGUUGGUCAACCAACUGAUGAUAAGAUUAGAGACCACAAAGGCAACUGAGGGUGAUGUCAUUGCUGAGGCAACUAAACCUGGCCUAAUUAUGCUUUCCAGGGGCCAGACAAACGGCCAUAAUUGUGGUCCCAAGGCAAACGAACAACUAGAGGCGGCGUCCUAUAGUGGAAUUUGUGAAAGCCUGCAUUUGGUCAAAAAACAGUCAAAAUGGCGACUUGAGACAGACAAACGAUUUGAACAAGUGAAUCUAGUUACCCCGAGUGAUAUCAAUGGGGUGAGCAGCUGUGGAAAGCCAGUUAAUGCAAUAGAGACAAGCAGAAUUAUAGAAUUAGGACGAUUGCCGCCUUCGAUUUCCAGAGAGUUAAUAGCUAGUUGUGAUCAGUCGCAGAAGAUAGAACAGCCAAAGACCUUUCAGAUGAAAGCCCUAGAUGGACGAUUUUCUUCCAAUGUCUGCGAAAAUUGCGAUGAUGCUCAAAUACCUGCA